GCCAAAAGAACCAAAAAGGUCGGUAUUUGCGGUAAAUAUGGUACAAGAUAUGGUGCCAGUUUGCGUAAAGAUAUCAAAAAAAUGGAAAUAACCCAACAUGGAAAGUACACUUGUAGUUUCUGUGGAAAGGAAACCAUGAAGAGGAAAGCUGUUGGCAUUUGGACGUGUAAAUCCUGUAAAAAGGUGGUUGCCGGUGGAGCUUAUAUCUACAGUACAACUGCUGCUGCCACAGCCCGUUCCACCAUACGUCGUCUCAAGGAAAGUAAAGAUACAUAA